AGAAUCCCCCUGAGCGACAUGACCCGGGAGGAGAUCAACCAGCUGGUUCAGGAGCUGGGCUUCUACCGCAAGGAGACACCUGAUGCCCCUGUGCCUGAGGAGUUCCAGUUUGCCCCCGCCAAGCCUCAGCCCACACUGCCACCCCCGCAAGCAUCUGCUGCUGACAGCAACACCCAACCCAAACGUGACAAGGCAGAGCACCCAGACCUCUAG